UAAUGAGAAGAGUCAAGGGCAGGAAAGAAGAAUAUUGAGGAACAAGACUUUGGGCAAGAAGAGAAGAGGGACCCAACUAGGAAGGAAGAAGUAUCCAGGGGCGCGAACUAAAUGAAGAAUGGAUCUUCUUGCGUAGAAAGUUGAGAUGAGGAGGGCCAAAGUGCAACAGUGGCAGCUGAGAGAAGGGGAACAAAAUCCCUAGCGCAACCAAUUUUUUGGAUCGGGCCUGGCACACAUCUCUCUCCCUCACCCCUCCUUCUUCCACCUCCGGCCACCGCCGCGGCUAGGCCGGCGUGGCGGUGUGCAACCCAGCCAUCUAUCAGCGCCACCCAGCACCUCCACCCGCUCCACAACACCACAGCACCUCCACCCGCCAUACCGUAACGCAUCCAUCCACCAUCGCCAUCACAUCCAGCCACCAUCACCUCGCGUGCCCGACCAGACUAGAGGUCGUGGUUGUCUAGUGCUCCGCGCGAGUCUCUCCUCUCUGCUGCUGUACCCUGCGCCCCUUGCCUAGCUGCUCCUAUUCUCCUGCGCCCCCUGCUGCUCCUCACCAUGCUGCUGCUCUCUGCCUAACACGCCUUUGUUGUUCUUCUUGCCCAAACCAUGCUGUUACUCCUUAUCUGAACCUACGGUUGCUACUGCGCUCUGCUGCUUCUUCUCCCAUGUCACUACUGCUGCUCUUCUUUUCUUUCCCCUACUGUUGCUCCUUCUCUGAACCUCACGAUGCUGCUCCAUCUCCUAAACGCUGCUGCUUCUUCCUUGGCCCCCUGCUCUGCUCCUAAUCUGAACCAUAAAUUGCUGCUACUCCCCUUCAUUCUCUAAAUUUCUGUAGACUUGAGAUCAUAUGUAAUAUUCAUAUUUGGCUAGUGCUUGAAACUUGCUAUUGGUUCAGAUUUGUAACUGUAUAAUAAUGCUAUGACAUGUUCAGUUUCAGACUGGUGAUUGUUUAGUACUGUAGUACUGUUUUUGUUCAUCGGAGAGUAUUAGAACAGUGCCCUGUAAUACCAUAUUCGUAUUUGUGUGUGUGUGUGUGUGUGAAAUAUAUUAAUUAUGUACUGCACUUGCUACUGAUUAGUGUCCAGUUUACUGUAGACUGUUGCUCAAGUUCCUAUGAUAUAUAUCAUGUUUGACAGUUUAGUCUUCUAGUUAUUAUUGCACUGAUUUAUGUCAAGAAGAUUUGGCUAGUGUGAUGUGAGUCCAGUACAUGUGCUUUAUAAUCCUGUUUGUAACCAGUGUUCAUUUUGUAGUCCCAGUGAUAUAUCUUGUACCUUGUGCUAGCUAUGAACCUAUGAUAUAUAUGUGUGUGUUAUGUUCAUGUCCUUUUACUUCUCUUGUCAUUGAUGAUAGCUUUUGUUAGUAUCUUAAUUUCUCAAGCAUUACGAAAAUACCAAAAAGAUUGUUGAAGAUAAUUUGAACCUUCCUUGCUACUGUGUUAUUUUCUUUAUCGUCAACUUUGAUUAGUUUAGGUCUAUAUUUCCUUGCAAUCAUCAUCUAAAUUCUAUUACCUAGCUUUAGCCUAGUAUAGUUGCCAUCGCCUAGUCCCUGAGGAGAACCCGACACUCGUAGUUUGGGUAUAAAACCCCACUGUACCUACUAUUGAUCAUUUUGGCGCCGUUGCCGGGGACUAGCGUCGAGUGACCGUGUUAGGCUAUAGACUAGGUUUUUCUUCUUUUUCUAUUUUGUGCCAUAUAUUUGUGAUAUAUCUCUAACUCCUGACCCUUGUUCCAGAUUAUUUCCUCUUUGUUUUCUUCUCCUUUUUGUAGGUUAGAACCAUCUUCUCGGAUAUGGCUUACUAUUCAGAUCAUCAUGCUUAUGUGAGCAACACUACAAACAGCACGGAAAGUGUUCAAGAACUGAUAGUUAUCCAAUGCAGGGAUUUAGGUAUGAAGAGGAGAGCCACAACUAUGCUCCACAACAGAUUUAUUCAGCUCCUACUCAUAUACCUCAACACCAGGACAUGUUGCCAACGGAGUUAAAUGGUCCUCCAUUUGGUCAACCAACACUUUCAACACAAGUGCCCACACAAGAUGACUUUGAUGAUAUAGACAAGCUCACAUUGCUUAGUCUUGAGUUCACUUGGAGUGCCGAGGAUGAUCCUAUUAGGAAGGUUAUUCUAGAGGAAAUGAAGAAGAUCAAGAGUGGAAAAGAGCUAGUGGAAGAAGUAAGGAAGAUUGAGAAGAACAUCAACGCUGGCAGCACUAUUUCUUCACAACUUGAGUUGAGUGUGGUUGAGAUAUCCAUGGAUACAUGUGAGGUUCCAACACCUUCACAUUUCGUUGAGCAAGAUAGCAAGUGCCUUGAGCAAGAGAUACCUCAGAUUAUAGAAGAUGAACUAGAAGACAAGGAACAAGAUGAUCAAGAGCUGCAAUUCCCAAGUGAUCAAGUUGAAGACUCAUCAUCUAUUACUCCUGAAGAAGUACAAGAAGCUGCUGUAGAUGAAGAUGAAGAACAUGAGAUUCAUUUGCCUAUUGUCAUACCAGAGUGUGAUGUGUCAGGUUUACUCAAUCCUCUUGAUGACAUGAUGCCUUGUGAUUUCUUUGCUACUACCUUGCAUUACAUGAUACCAUCACUUAAGAUUGAUUUGAAAACUCAUUUGCUUGGAUAUGAUGAUAUAUACCCUGUUAGUGGCAUUACUCUCAUUUGUGAUGAUCAUAGUUACUUUCCUCGUGCUAGUCCUAUGCUUAAUGAAACAUAUCAUUCCCAUGCUAGUCUUGAGCUUAAUGAUAAAUAUCAUCCUCAUGUUAGUGCUGACCUUGCUGAUUUCUACCAUCCUAAACAUGUGCUUUAUAGCUAUGCUUAUGUAAUUGGAUAUUCGAUUGAUGACUUGGAGGGUAUUAUCCCUACCACUUGCAUUGUGUCUUUGGUUGAGUGCUCUUUCAGGUUGUUGCUUGUGCACGAUCCAAUACAUGCUGACCAGGUUCGAGGUGACAUUCCUUGGGAUCCUGGUGGAGUCAGAGCAUGGCGAUGAGGAGAAGCAAUGGGGCACACAUAUGGAAGAGUGAAGCUGGAGCAUCCAUGAGGAAGCAAGGGAGAAGAGCUGCAGCCGGUGAGGUGAUCGAGCGAGUGCUACAUGAUCAAAGCCCGGUGAGCUGUUUCAUGACCCAUUCCGAAUAUAUCAUCCAUUAAUACAUGCUGAAAUCAAAUGUUAUUUGGGUUGCUUAAGCCAUGUCUUAAAUGUUGCCCCACUGAAUUUUACUUGACAUAUGGUGCUUGAUGAGAAUAUGUGAACUGAGUGUUGAAUGCCUGGUAAACUAGUGAUCUAUACAAGGCUUGCUUUGCUAAAAGUAGUGGAAGUUAUUAGUUUUGAGUGCUCAAAUCCCUAGUAUACUAGAAAACUUAAUCAUUUUCUGCUUUUACCUCGAUACACCUAGAUCACCAUGUUUAGAUGCUGAAUUUGUGCUAAGUGUGUUCCCAUUGAGAGCAAUCACCUAACCACUAUGGAUUAGCAUGCUAUGUUCCCUGGAUCGGUAGCAUGUGAACCAGACAUGGAGAAGUGAUGAUUCCUGUCUUUGUGCUUAUGCGUUGUUCAUUUAAGAUAAGUAAUAAUGAAUAAAUAAGUCUGACUACCUAAAGUAGCAUGUCAUGUUCCCGGGAUCGGUGGCAUGUGAAAUCUGGUAGCUUGGACAGUAAUAAAUAAAUAAAAAUGUAAUUGUCGAACCAGGUGUAUACCAUGUUCUCGGGAUCGGUGGUAUGUUCCUUUGGGGAGACAAAUAACAACAAAAAAACUAAUAAUUGGUUGAUCCAGGUGUAUACCAUGUUCUCGGGAUCGGUGGUAUGUUCCUUUGGUGAGAUCGAUAAAAUAUUAUCAUUGCUUUACUUCUGUAAAUAAGUGAACGGAUCACAAGUUUAUGUUCUUUUUUUUGUGCUCUGGAUCAUGCUCGCUUUAGGAACCUUUGGCACAAUCAUCAUUUAAACUUGUUGAUCUUCUUUUAUCAUUGUAAAAGUUUAAAAUGGUCAAGUCUACUAGGAUCCUAUUGCUUUGUAGCACUCUUAACCAUUGAUUUUCACUAGUUAAGUCCAAAGCAUGCUUUGUUUGGAGAUCUACUUCACUGGGACAUUCUCCAGUCAGCUCACUGUUCAUUAUCUAGCUCUUGUCAUAUUCCUUUGCUUGAGGACAAGCAAAGAUUUAAGUGUGGGGGAACUUGAUAAGCACAUUUCAUAUAUACAAUUUGGGCACACAAAUAUACCAUUUAUUGUGAUCUGGCCAUCAAUUCUUGCUGUGAAAUAUUGAAUACUUGCUUGAUAAUCAUAAAAGGGUAUCAUUUACAAUUCGUUUGUUUAUCUUGCAGAAAAGUGCGAGAAGGCACUAUAAACUUCGUGAUAAUGAGAAGAGUCAAGAGCAGGAAAGAAGAAUAUUGAGGAACAAGACUUUGGGCAAGAAGAGAAGAGGGACCCAACUAGGAAGGAAGAAGUAUCCAGGGGCGCGAACUAAAUGAAGAAUGGAUCUUCUUGCGUAGAAAGUUGAGAUGAGGAGGGCCAAAGUGCAACAGUGGCAGCUGAGAUAAGGGGAACAAAAUCCCUAGCGCAACCAAUUUUUUGGAUCGGGCCUGGCACACAUCUCUCUCCCUCACCCCUCCUUCUUCCACCUCCGGCCACCGCCGCGGCUAGGCCGGCGUGGCGGUGCGCAACCCAGCCAUCCACCAGCGCCACCCAGCACCUCCACCCGCUCCCCAAUGCCGCAGCACCUCCACCCGCCAUACCGUAACGCAUCCAUCCACCAUCGCCAUCACAUCCAGUCACCAUCACCUCGCGUGCCCGACCAGACUAGAGGUCGUGGUUGUCUAGUGCUCCGCGCGAGUCUCUCCUCUCUGCUGCUGUACCCUGCGCCCCUUGCCUAGCUGCUCCUAUUCUCCUGCGCCCCCUGCUGCUCCUCACCAUGCUGCUGCUCUCUGCCUAACCUACCCACGCCUCUGUUGUUCUUCUUGCCCAAACCAUGCUGUUACUCCUUAUCUGAACCUACGGUUGCUACUGCGCUCUGCUGCUUCUUCUCCCAUGUCACUGUUGCUGCUCUUCUUUUCUUUCCCCUACUGUUGCUCCUUCUUUGAACCUCACGAUGCUGCUCCAUCUCCUAAAUGCUGCUGCUUCUUCCUUGGCCCCCUGCUCUGCUCCUAAUCUGAACCAUAAAUUGCUGCUACUCCCCUUCAUUCUCUAAAUUUCUGUAGACUUGAGAUCAUAUGUAAUAUUCAUAUUUGGCUAGUGCUUGAAACUUGCUAUUGGUUCAGAUUUGUAACUGUAUAAUAAUGCUAUGACAUGUUCAGUUUCAGACUGGUGAUUGUUUAGUACUGUAGUACUGUUUUUUUCAUCGGAGAGUAUUAGAACAGUGCCCUGUAAUACCAUAUUCGUAUUUGUGUGUGUGUGUGUGUGUGUGAAAUAUAUUAAUUAUGUACUGCACUUGCUACUGAUUAGUGUCCAGUUUACUGUA